AUGGCCGCUGCCACCCUCGAGCAGAAGGAGGAGGUGGCCGCGGUGCUGCGCUACGUCCGUGGCAGCCCGAACAAGGUCCGCCGCGUGCUCGACACCAUCCGUGGGAAGUCCUACGAGGAGGCCCUGAUGAUCCUCGAAUACAUGCCCUACAGGGCGUGCGAGCCUGUGCUCAAGUGCCUGGUGUCCGCGGCGGCCAACGCGAAGAACAACAACGACAUGAAGAAGUCCAGCCUGUACGUCUCGACCUGCUACUGCGACGAGGGGCCCGUGAUGAAGCGCUUCCAGCCCCGCUCGCGCGGACGUGGCUUCCCCAUCCGCAAGCGCGUGUCGCACAUCACCGUCAAGGUCGCCGAGCGCGACUGA